CGCCGUAACGCCGCUGUAGGAUCAUCCCAAGACAAUGCAUUGGUAGCUUGACUACCCAUCGGGACGCGACGUAGUACUGUACUUGACAAUGCAGUGGUAGCUUUCCCGUCCUACCUACUAGGUCUGACUGUACCCUCAGUCGAUCGCCAAAGGCUCAGGGCUCAGGACACAGCGUCGCGUUUCGAACACCACCUGCGAGGUGCUAGUAACGAGAUGUUCUUAACAAUGUUCCUACCCCGUCGGGCAAAACGGCAACUUCUCCUCCUGCUCGUUUUCCUCUCCCUCGCAGCAACCCGCCUUGCUCCCGCCUUUGACGAGGACUCCCCUCCACCACACGAUUCACCGCCAUCAGAAGUAUCAACGGCCACUGUUUCCGAACCUGAUCCGAAGCCUGAUGCUGGGUCCGACUCCAAACCUGAUCCCUGUCCAUCAAGUGGAACACCACCAAGGAAUGAGCGUCCUUUGGCUGAGAUGACUGCCUGCACCGCUCCUCCAGGCACUCCAAUACUAACGCACUUCACAGGGGACCUGGCAGCGGCAGCGGCAACUGCAACAGCCACAAGAAAACAGGGAGCGCAUAAGCAUGCAGCUGCGUGUGAACCUGCCCAUUCCAAGUGUGGUGACCGUACGCCUGUCACUCAGCCCCCGAGCUUCGUGCAACUACAGCAAGAAAACGAGGCUUAAAAAAAACGCUGGUGGGAGUCACAGGCGAGGGCAACCAGAAUCGCGGGUCACCAUGGUGCGAAGCCACAUGGGCAUCGGCGCCACAAGGCACGUCGGCUGCACACCUCACCAACUCGGGAUGAUGGUGCUGGCACACAUCAGCAGCCAACGAAUCUCAACCAUUGUUCAAUGCCGGCCGCUGUAGCGAGGGCAGUCGAUUGUGAGCUGCAUCGUCGGGGUGGCACUCAUUGGCAGUGGGAUGUCAACAGGAUGCGCACUGAAUGGCCUGACAGGAUGGAAUCCGCUCUAAAGACCAUACCCUAUGUGUACUCAGGAUUUAAGGUGUGUAGUUACGCUACUUCUUGACUCCGGUUUCCACACAUGUGGCUGUUGUGUUACAUGUGGAUGCAGCUUUUGGUGUCAUCUUCCACCUUGCCACCAGCACCUGCCCUCUUGCACCUUGCCUCCGUGCCCUGCCCUGUUGCACCUUGGCACGGCACGGCCGGUCCAUGUGAUGGCAACAUAGUCCGCCCCGCGAGUGCGUCUAGCGUCUCAGUUGUCGUCGUGAACUUGCUUUGGCCGUCGAAUGAGAGCAAUACGACGCCUGUGGCGUAUGUGUUUGGGAGACUUCGGCGGGAUUUGGGGAAUCCGACCUGCAAAAUCAAAUGUGAAGCAUAGGUGAUGCUCAUACCCUGUACACACCGUCCUCUUAUUU